CUUAAAUUGUAUAACAUAAAUAUUUUGGAUUUAUGUAGCUUGCAUUAUCUAUAUGGAGGUUAUAUGAACGAUUCGUUAUUGAUUUGCUACGUUAAUUUGGAAAUGUCUAAAGCAGGGAGACUUGUGAAAAAUUUUAAAAAGUCCUUAGUAAAAGUUAAUCAUGGCAAUAAAGUAAAAACUAACAUACCUGCUGGUCUGGCUUCUCCAGGACCUCCUUUAGGUCCUAUGUUGGGUCAGGUUGGUUUGAACAUUGCUGCCUUUUGUAAAGAUUUUAAUGAAAAAACAAAGGAUUUUAAAGAAGGUAUUCCUCUACCAACACGUAUCUCUGUUAACCCAGACAGAAGUUAUAAUUUAGUCAUACACAAACCACCCACAACAUUUUUUUUAAAACAAGCUGCUGGUGUACAGAGGUGUGCUAUGGAACCAGGAAAAGAAGUUUGCGGUAAAAUCACUCUGAAGCAUUUGUAUGAAAUAGCAAAGAUAAAAUCGACUGACCCAGUUAAUGAGUGUUUGUCCUUAGAGGAUCUUUGUAAGAAGUUUGUUGGCAUUGCUCACUCAUGCGGGAUAGAAAUAGUUAAAGAGCUGGAUCCUGAUGAAUAUCAACAGUUUCUGGAAUACCGGAAGGAAGUUGUAGCUGAUCAGAAAAAAGAACUUCAGGAAAAAAGAGAAGCUAAAAUGCUUAGAACUGGUUAGAAUUAAUAAAAAAUAUAAAGUUAAUGUAUAGUACUUUUUUUCAAAUAAAUUUUUAACAUUUUUGUUUUUUU